AUGCAGAACCAAUCGAAAUCAACGUUGCUGAAGUUACGGAGCUCUUUUUUGGCGGCUCAUCUUCCCAGGAGCAAGCGUGUGCUUGUGCGGCAACAGCAGCAGCAACAGCAGCUCCUGUGUAACCAAUUCCUGCGUGGCAAUGCCGAGAUGAGUGACUCAAACAAUUUAGUCAGCUCGAAUUACGGAGAGCAGGUUGAAUCUUAUGGAGAUGGAGAAGUAGCAGAAGAAAUGCAAUCUUACUGGAACUUAUUGAAAGUGGAAGAUACCCAGCUGAAUUGUUGGGUAACUGCAGAAAUCUCCUCAUCCAAUGGCUGCAAGGAUGACAGUGGCAGCAGGAACGCCUGCAGGAGCGACAGUGGCUGCAGGAGCAGCUGCAGGGACGGCAGUGGCAGCAAGGACGGCAGUGGCAGCAAGGACGGCAGUGGCAGCAGGAACGGCUGCAAGGACGGCUGCAGGGACGGCAGCAGGAACGACUGCAGGGACGGCUGCAGGGAUGGCAGUGGCAGCAGGAACGACGGCAGUGGCAGCAGAAACAGCGGCGGUGUCUGCUGUAGUAGCAACGGCGGCAGGAACGGCGGUGUCUGCAGCAGCUGUUCUUCUGGCAAGCUCAAUGUCGAGGGCUUUGAGCUCAGCCUGAAAAGCAGUCAGCAUCCAUGGGAAAAUACCCAGAUCCAGAUGAAGAGCCGCGAUAACAACAUUCUCCUCGGGAAUAGAUCUCUGACCUCGUCACGAUAGACUCCUAGCGCGGUUUCAAGGUUCGAUGGCGUGUCUUGUGCCUCGAAGAUGCAAAUCGGGAUAGUGUUGAGGAGUGAAUUCGGCCGCUGCACAUUCACGAUCU